AUGAUGAGGAGCAUGCACAUGGGGAACUCCGCCCCGGCGAGAGGCAUAGCUGCCAUCGUCGGCGUUGGGCCCAAGCUGGGCCGGUCCGUGGCCCGCAAGUUCGCCCACGAAGGCUACACCGUCGCCAUCCUCGCCCGCGACCUCGGGAGGCUGUCGAUGUUCGCGGAGGAGAUAGCGCGGGAAGAGAAGGCCCAAGUGUUUGCAAUCAAAAUAGACUGCUCCGACUCCAGAAGCAUCAGGGAGGCCUUCGAAGGCGUUCUCUCACUCGGCUUCGUCCAAGUUCUUGUCUACAAUGCCUACUGCCCGGCUGCCUUGCACCAGCCCACCAACUUCGCCGACGUGUCUCUCGCCGCCUUCGAGCGCUCCCUCGCCGUCUCCUCCGUCGGCGCCUUCCUCUGCGCUCAACAGGUUAUUCCAGGAAUGGUGGAGAGAAGGAAAGGCACGAUUCUGUUCACAGGUUGCGCGGCUUCACUAAACGGGAUUCCUGGAUUCUCUGAUCUAUGUUGUGGGAAGUUUGCACUGAGAGGCCUGUCGCAGUGCCUGGCCAGAGAGUUCCAAGCUCUUGGGGUGCAUAUUGCCCAUGUUGUCAUCGAUGGUCUGGUUGGCUCACCUAGGGGACCAUCGUCGCCGUCGCCGUCGACAGGCAGUACCACCGGCGGUGGUUGGUGGCAGAGGACGGCGGUGGUUGGGGAGCAAUUAGUACAACAACAACAACAAGUCGAAGGAGAAUCGGUAGAGCCAAUGAUGAUGAUGGACCCAGACUCUUUGGCCCAAACCUACUGGCAUUUGCAUGUCCAGGACAGGACGUGUUGGACCCAAGAGAUCGACCUCCGCCCUUCCCACUCUCAACAGUGA